AAUGACCAAGACUGUUACUGGGAAACAUCUCAUGAUUAACCAAUGGAAGCGCUGCUUAUUCUUAGAUUAGACGACUGGGAAUUGUGAUAUUUUGGUCCACAGCAUGGCUGUUUGCUUUGAACCAAUGAACAGUAUUGUUGUCCUUGAUGAUGAUGAUGAUGAAGAAGAGAGGCCUCAGACAUCUUCCUCCUCCUCUCAACCCUCAACAAAUCCCAUUACACCCCCUAGAGCCCAGAUACCUGCCCCAACACACAUCACCCAAUCACCAUUUGCAUCUGCGAAGAAGGAGAGCCACGUGCUGCAGGCAGAGAACCACAGACUGUUUACAGAGUUUGUAGAACACUGCUCCAACCACACCCAGGACCACCCUGAGGUCAUGACCUUUCUCCACGCCAAGCACGCCAAGGCCUCGCCGGACUUUCUGGCUUCGGUGGAGUUCCGGAACACUCUGGGGCGGUGCCUGACCCGGGCACAGGCCAACCGAUCGAAGACUUUCGUCUACAUCAACGAGCUCUGUACCGUCCUAAAACAGCGCGCCGCCAAGAGGAGGCAGACCCUCACCAAGGCCCAGCUCAAGGCUUCAUCAGUCAAGAAGGAGCAGCCGUCCACCUCAGGACAGCCGGAGGAGAAUCACAAGCAGGAUGAAGGGAAAGGAGAAGAGAAGGUGGAUGAAGAGAAGGAGAAGAGCACAAAAAAAGCUUCCAGAAGACAGAUAGCGUACCUGGAGAACCUGUUGAAGGUCUACAACGACGAGAUUUGGCGGCUGCAGGAGAAGGAGCUGAGCCUCGACGACCUCAUGGCCGAGGAUUCUGGGUACAUCCAGGAGCACAAGCUCAAGGGCAAGAUGAUGAAGAUCUAUGACAAGCUCUGUGAGCUAAAGGGGUGCAACACUCUGACAGGCAGGGUGAUAGAGCAGAGGAUCAGCUACAGUGGCACACGCCAUCCUGAGAUCAACAAAAGGAUAGAGCGUUUCAUCAACAGCCCCGAGGCCCAGCUGAACCCCCCCGACUACUCGGACAUUCUGAAGCAGGUUCAGCGAGCCAACGAGCGCCACAGCCUGUUGCUGAGUCGGAAGCAGUUGGUGCAGGUCGCCCAGAUGGCCUUUCAAGAAACGGGCAACCGCCUGCAGGAGAGACGCCACCUCGACAUGGUCUAUAACUUUGGAUCCCACCUCACAGACCCCUACAAACCUGCCACAGACCCUGCAAUGCGGGACUCCACCCUCCAGAAGAAGCUGCGCUCUAACAGGGAGGAGGCGCUGUCCAGCCUGGAGCAGGUCAUCAACAAGUACUCCCUGCAGCAGGAUGACACAGAGGAGGAGGAGAGGAGGAAGAGGCUGGAGAAGAAGGCCCAAAAGGCCAAUGAAAAGAAGGAAGGAGAGGAGGCGGAAAUGGAGGUGCCACCCGGGGGGGAGGGGUCAGCUGUAAGGGAGGGGUCAGCCAAGGGGGAGGAGCUACCUGAGGAGGAAGAGGAGGAGGAGGAUGAAGACAUGUCAUCUGAUCCAGACAUUGAAGAGGAGAUCCAGGCCAGCACGGCACAAGCUGGACCUGAGGAUGACGAGGAGGAAGAGGAUGACACAGAGCCAGUGAAUGAGAACAAUCCGAACGGAGUGAGGGAGCCAUCUAGCCAGCAAGCUGGAGCGCUACAACUGAAGAAAGAGGGGGACCAACCAGAAACAAACGUAGCAAGUCCUGUGUCCGCACCUGGUUUCUCACCCCUAAUGGAAGACCCCUCCCCCACAGACAGUCCUAGCCAGUCAGAGCCCAUGGAACUAGAUGAAGGGAACAAGCCAGCAAAUCUCAAUGCUGAAGACGCCAUUUCCUCUAACCAUAAAUCGAUCGUGUCUGUUAGCACUGGCGUAGACACUUCAGACCGGUCCCCUCCUCUUUUAGCCAAUCAUGUCUCUUUGCCACCCUCCCCAGAACCGCUUUUAACCAAGAAGGAAACAAGUCAGCUCAUUUGUGAGACAAGGUCAGCAAAUUGUAGUCCUCGCCCCCCCAGCCCCAUUGCCACAAGAAAGAGAAAGAGAAGCCUCCAGAAGGAGUCAACCAGGAAGUCCCAAAAUGGCUUCCAGACAUAUGCCUACGAGAGUGAGGUAGACAUCACACUGGACUCAGGUGUGGCCAAUAGUCCCCUGCAGGCAGACUCCACCAGGGCAGACACCCCCCAACAGGAAGUGGUCACCAGCUCCCAGUCAACUCCACCCCCUAAAAAGAACAAGGUCAAUGUGGCGACCCAGUGUGACCCGGACGAGAUCAUUGUUCUGUCUGACUCGGAAGGAUCUUAGACCCCAGCCUCUGCAACCUUCAAACCAGUGCCUCUUAAUACCACAGGGUUGACCACCAUUUCCCAACACUUAGGAUUUACCUAACCUACUGCAAUGCAAUCAUCAGAACUGUCCCAAGAGGCCAAACUCUGGUGCGGAUUAAAUGCGCCUCAACUGAUUUCAAGUGUGUGAUCUGCUUCAGGUCUGCUUCCUAAUGUGAAGUAAAGGGACACAUGUUCAGACCAGAGAGAGUGAACUAGCCUUUUCUCAUCACACAUGGACUGUUUACAUUUUCUAUUUAUAGCCCCUGCAUGGGGCAUGGGGAUUUUUACCUGUCUGUUCCUUCAGAGUAAUCAGUUGUUCCUCCCUCGAUGAAUUCCAUUUUUUAUUAAAUUUAUUAUUUCUGCAGUGGAUGGCUGGGGGUACAUAUGUACUGUACGGCCUUGCUGUGUGUAGCUGGAUUUACAUUUUGAUAUAACAAAUGUAACACUUGAUUUAAGCCUGUGUACGUCCAAACAGAAUGCAAUAAUGAGAGACUAGAUUAUUCAGGCAAUGUACCAGCUUGGUAGGGCUAUAGUACUAUCUGCAGUCUGUCAAACUGAGGAACAUGACAGGUUUCUGGGAAUCAGAUCCUGCCUCGAGGACAACGAAGUCCACUGGGACUUUUGAAAUAAACUAGUAGAGAAGCACAGGGUGUACAGGGGGAUGUGUUCUAUGUAGGGGGUGAUUGAACCAUUUAUUUUUGUAUUUCUUUUAAUAUGUUGGGUAUGUUACAGAAAGCACCUUUUCUUUCUUGUAAAAACCUUUUGUAAUAAAAGUGGAUCGCUCAA